GGGUAAGCUGUCCACCUUAUUUUUAUUUUGGGAUGAAGCCAACCUGUCAUUUGCCCAGCUGCUCCUUUGACGUUUACUGUCUGCAUUCGCUUGUCUCCGUGUCCACAUCUCCAUCUCGGGUGUCUAUCUUGCUGCUGCUUAAGCUCGAGGUAUCGCAGCACUUUCGUUCUCUUCAACAAAUAUCUUUUUCCUUUCAAGCUUGCAUUGUUAGAAGCCUUGUACCCAGUCGUUGUUGCUCCCUUGCAGCGUUUCGUUUCUCCACCCCUUUAGCUGCGCGCGCCCACAGUCCACGAUCAACGGGCAUUGAGUCGCGCAUCCAUACUCGAGCUUUCUUUCCCCGUCUUUCGACACCAGUCUUUUGCAACACGACACACCAAUCGAUUCACAAGAGAAAGAAACAUAGAGACGCAAUGGCGCGCUCGAAGCAGGCCACCCCUAUCCGUCGACAGACAUCGUCCGAAUACUUCAGCAAAGCGGACACACUCAAGCGGACGCCCAGCAACAGCAAUGGCGCCGCGACUUCUGUGGCUACGAAGGAGGCCAACGGCAAGGUUGUCGCUACACCUGCGUCGGCGGUUGUUGAGGCAAAGGAGGCCGGCGCCCUCCAAAUCCUGAUUGCUGUCGGCGGUAUCUACGCCUCCUUUCUGACGUGGGCCUACCUCCAAGAGAAGCUCACGACGACGCCCUACGGCCCAACGUCCAAGCCCGAAGUCUUCAAGUACCCCGUCUUCCUCAACACAAUCCAGUCCCUCUUCGCCGCGACGACGGGCCUCCUCUACCUGUGGUUCUCCUCCCGCAACGCCGCCUCCCUUCCGCCCGUCUUCCCCUCGCGCGGCAUCGUCAUGCCUCUCGCCCUCGUCGCCGUCACCUCCUCCCUCGCCUCGCCCUUUGGCUAUGCCUCCCUGGCGCACAUUGACUACAUCACCUUUUUGCUCGCAAAGUCCUGCAAGCUUGUGCCCGUCAUGCUCCUCCACACGACGCUCUUUGGCAAGCGCUACCCGCUGUACAAGUACCUCGUCGUCGCGGGCGUCACGGCCGGCGUCGCCGUCUUUACCUUGCACUCGGGCAGCAAGAAGAAGAAGUCCGUCGUCAACCCGGACGCCAACAUGCCCUGGGGCAUGCUUCUCCUCAGCAUCAACCUGCUGUUUGACGGCCUCACCAACAGCACCCAGGACUACAUCUUUAGCACCUUCAAGGGGUACACCGGCCCGCAGAUGAUGUGCGCCAACAACCUCAUGAGCACGGCCGUCACGCUGGGCUACCUCGUGCUCAGCCCCUGGCUCGUCCACACCGGUCUCGGCGAGUAUCUCGGCAUGGACGUCGCCGGCAGCGCAGGCGAGCUGACGGCCGCGCUGGGUUUCAUGGCGCGGUACCCCGCCGUGUGGUGGGAUGUCCUCGGCUUCGCGGCGUGCGGCGCAGUCGGCCAGGUCUUUAUCUUCUACACCCUCUCCACCUUCUCCUCGGUCCUCCUCGUCACCGUCACAGUCACCCGCAAGAUGGUCACCAUGGCCCUCUCCGUCUUCGCCUUCGGCCACAGCCUCACGAGCAUGCAGUGGGCCGGCGUCUCCCUCGUUUUUAGCGCCAUUGGCGCCGAGGCGCAGAUUGCGACCAAGGAGAAGAGGGCCAAGGAGGCUGCGAAGCGCGCGGCGGCUGCUGGGAAGACGCAGUAAACGCAAGGGGAAAAGGGAAUGUUCUUCCAAGGUUGUUUAGCUUUGUAUUCGGCACCCUUGCUUCAAGAGGGCUCUCGACUGCAAGGCGGCAACUUCUUCUUCCUUCACGUUGACUAUUUUCUAUCUGAACCCCCUUUCUUCAUCGAACCAAUUUCUCAUCCUCUUCGAGAUAUCCCAAAACCCUGUUAGCCCCGUGGUACACAACACAAAGGCCACACUUAUUUCUUUCUCGAGGCGGGGGCGCAAACAAGAAUAAGAGUACUGCCCAUCCCUCCAUCCAAAGCCUGUAAAUAACAACGCACAUCGUACAAAAGACUUGAAAAAAGGGAAAGCCUCAAAGUCGGGGGCUGGCGUUUGGUUGGUGUUUUUUUUUCCUAGUAUAGAAUCAUAUAAGGAUACA